AAGAAUCUCAACUCGUCGUCGCAUAGUUACGUCACACUACGUAAUACCUAAGCGUCAAAUUCAAAAUGACACCGAACCAGUUUUGCAAGUUUGCAGGGUUUUUUUUAAUUGACGAUGCGAAAUAAACCCAGACGAAAUAAAAAUCUGCAGAAUGCAGCGAGCAACGCCGAAGAAGGCCGAGAGCGACCGACAGGACCGAUCGUGUUGUCGAGCAGCUCAGAAGACGAUUCAGCUGCUGACAGAAAAGAGAGCAGAAGCUCCCGCAGAAAAGGAGCCAAUAUCGCCACGGUCUUUCUCCGUAAUCAGCGCGGGACGAGUAAGCGGAGCUCUGACGGGGAGCCUGGUCGACCGGAAGUACGGCUUUUACAGAAAACAGAGCCGCUCCCGCAGAGGGAUGACGUCAGAAGUUCACAGCUGACAGCAAACCACGGCCUUGCCGAGUCCUCCCGGAGGGAACAGAUGACUCCUGCAGAUUUACAAAGCUGUCUGGAAAAAAUCAAAGCUUUAAAUCCAGCAUUUCCUGUUCAAAGUGUCUUCUGCUCUCUGCAGAGGAAGUCAAGGCAGAAGCUGCAGGAGGCUUCAGGUGACUGCAGAGGCGGACCUAAAGAGUUCCUCUCAGCAGGAGACUCCUCUCAUCCAGACACGUCCUGUGAGAGGUUACCGAAGCGUCCGAGGUCUAGUCCCCCUCCAGAAGCUGCUGCAGGAUCCUGUUUUGUGCCUGGACAGGAAGUCCAUGGAGGUUGUAUCCCUAAGCAGCAGCGUAGCGACAGAAAGCUGAGUCGCUCUCACAGACUAAAGCAGAGGGAGCGUCUCCAUCCCACGACGUCUGACAAACUGAGAGGUUCCUGCUUGGAGGAUCGACUCUGGACGGAUAAAUACUGUCCUCAACAUUCAAACCAACUUAUUGGGAAUUCUGCCUCAGUCAGCAAAUUACACAGUUGGUUGAAGUCAUGGAAGCGUGGGUCUGAUGCUGAAGACGGGAGACUGACGGGUGACGGUAAACAUAAAGGGUCCUGGGACUGUGGAGACUUUCAGGGUGAAGCUGUGGUCAGAAACGGAAGGGAGGAGCCUCUGAGUAACGGUGUGCUGCUAACAGGACCCUCAGGCGUGGGCAAGACCGCCUCGGUGUACGCCUGUGCUCAGGAGCUCGGCUUCAAGGUGUUUGAGGUGAACAGCUCCUCGCAGCGCUGCGGUCGCCAGGUCUUGUCUCAGCUGAGGGAGGCCACCCGGUCUCACCUGGUGGAGCCUUCAGGAGAAGAUCCUCUAAAACCAGUUUACUUCAACAACUACAACCAGUCCAGCUUCUCCCCUAAGCCCGGAAGAGAACAGCUUCCAAGAAGCAUCACGUCCAGCUCAAAGACCAAGACCGUCCCAAACUCCUGCUCUGCUGGUGGCAAGGUAAAAACGAGAGCCGCCGCUUUGGCUCGCUACUUUGAGACCAAGGAGAAAGCAGAUCUCCUUCACUUUUCUGGAAUUUUACCCUCUGGGACGUCGGACACAGAGGAGCGAGACAACGCCUCGCUGAUCUGUGAUCAGUCCGGGAAACAGAACAACGAGACGGCCAUGUCGCUCAUUCUGUUUGAAGAGGUUGACGUCAUAUUUGAGGACGAUGUUGGAUUUGUCGCAGCCAUCAGAUCUUUCCUGACGACCACUAAAAGACCCGUAGUUCUGACCAGCAACGAUCCAUUCCUCAGAGAGCGAUUUUCCUGCAGCCUGGAGGAAAUCGUUUUUAAAACUCCACCGGCUGCGAGCGUCUGUAGUUACCUGCAGCUGACGUGUCUGGCUGAAGACGCCUGGGUGGAUUCGGCGGAUGUCAGCAGGUUGCUGCGACUCACCGGUGGAGACGUGAGGCGCUGCCUGCUGCAGCUGCAGCUCUGGGUCUGCAGCAGCAGCAGAGGUCGGACGUGUCAGCCCGGACGACUCACUCCAGCCCGUUCUCUGCACUGUAAAGCUUCUGUAGGAGGAAGCCAGCGUCCUCCAUACCAACCAGGAUGUUCUGACUACAUGUUGGGUCUGCUCCCUGUCACCCCAGAUUAUCUUCAAAACACCCUAAAGUCUCCAUCCUGGUCCGAGUCGGACCUGACGAAGCUCCUGAAUCAUCUGGCUGAGAGCUGGAGUCAAGGUGUGCCUCUUCUCUAUUCCAACCUGAAGCUCCUUCUGCCCUCCUCCCUCCUCCACCUAGAGGACAAACCAGACCCCCCGCAGCAGAAAGGGUUCAUUCGCUCCGAUGACGAUCUUCACACCCAGCUGGCUGGUCAGCGGCGGUGGGACACCAGCGGCCAGUCCGUCAGGAGCGUCUCCCGCCUCAGCCGACGGAAACGAGCUGUGUCCAAGUUCCCAUCUCCAGGUUUAACCAACAGUCAGACACGCCUCUGUGAGACUUGGUCAAGAAUGCCGAGUUUUAGCAACAAAGCUGGAAAACAGACGGCUGAAGCAGCGGCAGGCCGUUUGGACGCCCUGGCUGACCUCUUUGACCUCAUGUCCUACGUCGACGCCACGCUGACAGAAGCAGAACUUCUCGUUUCGGGAUCAAACACGCGUGAGGCGUUCGUUUGGACGGGAGCCACAAUAACAGACGGCGUGUCGGAUAAAAUGGGCGAGGAAGUCGGAGGGAGAAGGAACCAGGAUGUUAAAGCAGCUGUCGAAGGUUUGGGAUUCCACCGGUUCUGGCGCGGAGACUCUGAGACGUGGACCAGAGCUCAGAGAUCCAAACAGGACCUGGAGGACAAACCACGGGGAAGACAGCAGGACACACAGCUGUUUGUGAUGUCCUCUACCAAUCAGAACGUCAGCUUCACUCCUCAUCCUGCCUGUGCAGCGAGUGAGUCUGACAGCAGAUCCAGAGUCAGCCAGCUGGUGCUCAGCAGUGCGCCCUUCAGCCUGCUGGGGAACAGACGGGCCGUGUGUGUGGACUACAUGCCCGUCCUCCGCUCCUUCUGUCAUAAGCUCCGCGUCAACCAGCGAGGGGAAACGGGGGAGGGGAGGCGGAGCCACCCGAGUCUCCCAAAGUCAACGCUACGACUCCUGGCUCAGGACGUUACUCUGAGAAAACCCCGGAAGGAUUCGUGAAGCUGGUUUCUGCCUCCAGCUUGUUUCUCCUGAGUUAAUUUGUGUUUUUAUUCAAAUAAAUGUGAAAACGUGAAAUGUAAAUAAAAUAUCUGAUGAACCCUGGUGAGGUGC